GGAGGGGCUUCUUCUGUCAGCUGUUGCGUUGUGGCGCCCAGAGGCACCGCACACUUUCUGGACAUUGUUGUGCACACUCACCGUCAGGCAAAACGGUAGCCAUAUAAAACGGUCUUCCAGUCGAUAUAAGGUCAGUUAAACUCAAAGACCGUAUUCAACUUCGAGGAUACUAAGGGAAGGGGUCGUCACAAGUCGAUGUCCGUUAUUUUGGGGUGAUUCAAUGCGUAACUGUCUUGAGCGCAACACUUGAAGAACAUAGAUACAAAUUUGUUUUUAGGAAAUCAUCUGGUUUACAAUUUUUUUUUCUCAUUGUCUACUAUAUAUUUAUAUUACUUUGGCAAUUGUCAGCUUGGGGAGAGUAAACUUGGACAGAGUAAACUUUUUUCUUACUUUUCUUAUUUGGAGCAGCAGCCAGUUGAUCAUGGCAGAAGACUUCUACACUCUGGGAACGCUGGGUAGUAGGCAGAGGGUCCCCCGAGACCCUUUCAGAGAGAGUCCGUCACUGGCCUCUCGGUUUAUGGACGAUGACUUUGGGAUGUCCCCUUUCCCUGAAGACUUGUCAAUGGACUGGCCCGGUUGGGCUCGGCCUAGCCGGCUCAGCACGCGGCUUUCCGCACCAUUCACGGGCACUCUGCGCACAGGGUUUCCACCAACGCGUGCAUCGACUGGGCAGCCGCCUGUGUACAGCACGAGAUACAGCGAGUCCCCCCGCAGCUCUCCGACCCAGACGCCGGGAGAGCCGUGGAAAGUUUGUGUGAACGUCCACAGUUUCAAACCAGAGGAACUUAACAUCAAAACCAAAGAUGGGUUUGUAGAAGUAUCAGGGAAACAUGAAGAGAAGCAGGAGGAAGGAGGCACCGUGACAAAGAACUUCACAAAGAAGAUACAGAUUCCAACCGACGUUGACCCUGUGACGGUCUUCGCCUCCUUGUCGCCAGAGGGGGUGUUGAUCAUCGAGGCGCGGCAGAGCCCUCCCUACUACCUCUUCAGUAACGAAGGUCCCCAGGGAGAGAUGGAGGAGGCCAGCCAGAGCCA